UAGUCUACGUCAGAUGUGGAAACAAGCCAACGGCCAAGUCUACGUUCUUUUCUUUUCUUUUCUUUUCUUUUUCUUCUUAUUUCUUUUAUAACAAGUAAUGAAAUUACAAUUUUACCCUCUCAUCCCAGCAAAGCAGUAGUCUGUUCUGAUUCUGAUAGUGGGCAUUUCUGUAGUUUAGUCCUCUUCUGCUUUUUUUUCUUUCAAUAUAGUCAUCCUACUAACCGUUUUUUUGAAGUUCGUUCCCUUUGUCUUUUUUUUUUUCUUAGUUUUAUUUAAUAUCUAUUAAUUAUGAUUUGAUUUAAUCCAAAAUGGUAUUUUUCUGAGACAUUUCUUAUUUAUUGGGUUUUCAAGAAAGAAAAAGAUUGAUUGAGCGAGCUUGUUAGUUAGUUUAAUUGGUAGUUGGAUUUCUGGUAUACAGUUCACGAGAAAUUCGGGAGAGAUUAUCACCUGAUUCAGUGAUCUGGCUCGGCUUUUUUCCAGCUGAUUUAUAUCUAUAUAAAUAUAUAUAUAUAUGUAUGUAUAUACAUGUAUACGUAUAGAGCUAGAGAAAGUGUGAGAAAGUUUAGUAGUUUCCGUUUUCUUGGCGAGAAAGUGUUUUGUCUUCUGUUUUUUUUAUCUUAAAAUGCAUAGUUCUGCGGGAACAAGUUCAAAGGGAACUUCUUCUGUGGACGUUGUGAAAGACCGAAAUGGAGUCGAACAAGUUCUUCUCAAGAAUCCUCGAGGAGCUUCUGUUCGGGUGAGUUUGCAUGGAGGUCAGGUUCGUUCAUGGAUGAAUGAGCGUGGGCAUGAGAUGUUGUUCACUAGUAGUAAGGCAGUCUUUAAGCCCCCAAAACCGGUUCGAGGAGGGAUCCCAAUCUGCUUUCCACAGUUUGGAAACAGUGGAACUUUGGAGCAACAUGGGUUUGUCAGGAAUAAGAUUUGGACCAUUGAACAGAAUCCUCCACCUUUGCCUCCUUCUGAUUCAAUUGGAAAAACAUUCGUUGACUUGCUUUUCAUACCCUCUGAUGAUGAUAUGAAGAUCUGGCCUCACCGCUUCGAGUUUCGCUUGAGGAUCUGUUUAAGUGCAGAGGGAUAUCUCAUCCUGAUACCACGAGUCAGGAAUCUUGAUAGCAAGCCUUUCAGCUUCUCAUUUGCCUUCCAUACAUAUUUCUCCAUUUCAGAUAUCAAUGAAGUGAGAAUUGAAGGCCUUGAGACACUUGAUUAUCUUGACAAUUUACAUCAAAGAGAGCGUUUCACUGAGCAAUAUACUUCCUUAACUUUUGAAUCUGAGGUGGAUCGAGUUUAUGUUCGUUCUGGAAGUAUGGUAGCUAUUCUUGAUCAUGAGAGAAAGAAAUCAUUCAUCAUAAAAAAGGAGGGUCUUCCAGAUGUUGUGGUUUGGAAUCCAUGGGCAACAAAAUCAAAAGCCAUAGCAGAUUUUGGAGACGAUGAGUACAAGAGAAUGGUUUGCGUGGAUAGUGCAGCGGUUGAGAGACCAAUCACUCUGAAGCCUUGUGAGGAGUGGACUGGCAGAUUGGAACUCUCCCAAGUCAAUUCGAGUUUAGUGCAGUGACCCCCCAUGGUGAUUGAUACUAAGUCCUAACUAAUGAUGACACAAAUUUCAUUCAACUGUUUUUGGUGAUUGCUGACCAUACUGAUUUUUUUUCCUUUUUUUGCUUCAUAUCGAAGUGGAGAUUCUGUUUUUUGUAAUUCUCUCCAUUAUCAGAAUAUGAAGUAUGUUUCAACUGAAAAUACACAACCAUUGAUAAUAACAUUGCUUGAGUUGGCAUCUACUGAAUUGAUAUUGUUGAGUUC